CUACGGAUCUUCAAAAGCUAAGAAAUAUCCCCAUUCUGGGUUUACGCUUGUUCUUUUGGGGGAUUUGAUCGACUUGGCUCAUUCAUUGCUCACUUUUCAUCUCUGUCAAUGGUAUCUUCUUCGGACCCAUGGGUUAAAGAAUGCAAUGAAGCAGUCAAAAUUGCGGAUGAUAUCAAUGCCAUGAUAUCUGAAAGGAGGUCCUUUCCUGCAUCGGGACCGGAGACUCAACGCCAUGCAUCGGCUAUAAGAAGGAAGAUUACGAUUUUAGGGACUAGACUUGAUGGAUUGCAAUCCCUUUUGUCUAGGCCGGCUGGGAAGCCCCUAACAGAGAAGGAGAUGAAUCGUCGCAAGGACAUGAUUGCAAAUUUAAGAUCAAAAGCCAAUCAGAUGGCUUCUGCAUUCAACAUGUCGAACUUUGCUAAUAGAGACAGCUUGUUGGGCCCGGAAAUUAAGCCAGAUGCCAUGAGUAGAACAGUUGGUUUGGAUAAUUCUGGCGUUGUUGGUCUUCAACGACAAAUAAUGAAAGAGCAAGAUGAGGAUCUUGAGAAGUUGGAGGAAACUGUAGUAAGCACGAAGCAUAUUGCAUUGGCUGUCAAUGAAGAACUUGAUCUGCAAACCCGACUUAUUGACGACCUGGACUAUCAUGUGGAUGUUACUGAUUCUCGGCUGCGGAGGGUGCAGAAAAACCUUGCGAUUUUGACCAAGCGAACUGGAGGAGGUUGUUCUUGUAUUUGCAUGCUUUUAGCUGUGAUCGGAAUCGUGAUUCUGGUUGUUGUCAUAUAUCUACUCAUCAAGUACUUGUAAUACCUACGAACACCGAACCUACAAGCUCGUUCUUUUGUUCUGUUUGUAUGGGUAGAAUUUGUUUUCAGCUUGGAAACUUUUAUCGGCUUCCUCCACAUUUCUUCGUAAUUUUCUUUGUGUGAAGUUAUGUUACACGGACUUGGAGUGAGUGCUAGAUGUAAGUAUACAUCCAAUAAGGAUAUGCUCAUUUUUUUUUUAAGUUUUUCAUAUAUUUUGGAGAUGUGCAUACCUUACUCUGUCCUCUACAAAUAUGGGACAUAUGUAUUCAAGAAAAAUGAAGAGUCCGUGUAACAAAGUGUGAAGUAGUUGUUGAGUGAGUUUGUAUUUACAACUUUGUAAAUGUACGAGUAACUUACGUCUUAUUUGCGUCUUUA